AUGUCGAAUGUGUUUACCCGAAACGAUGUCGGAGAACCAGAAGAUCAAGGUCGCCAUGAGACUGUGUACCGUGCAAGGCAGAAUGACGGUACUUUCAAUGGAGCAUUACCUGACAUCCUCAGACGUCUGACUUCAUUGGAGCAAUCUCUGACAGCGGCACCUUGUCAGUCUUCUGCAGCGGGUGACCAGAGAGGCUUUCCUCCCCCUGGUUUAUCCGCGCUCUUCCACAAUGAAAUCCUGGAAAACCCUCCGAGUAAUGGCAACUAUUUUACAGUUCCAGACAUCGUUCAAGAACACAUUCCCUCAUGUCAUACUGAGCAAACUACGCCAAAUAUCCCGGUGCUCAGCCAAGACACCGGUGAUGCCUUGCUUUGGGACGAUGCAUUGAUCACCAAAAAUAUGGCCACCAAAUGGGUCAAUGGGUUUUAUGAAUUUUCAUGGGGCCCUGAGCUUCCCGUGGGGAAAGAGUUCCUCCUUCGUCUUCCUGACCUAUUCGACCUACCACACGUCAAGAUCGACACAUCUGCACUUCUGGUAUACUAUAACGUUCUUCUGCAAGGGUUAUUCAUGGAUCGAGGCCUCGGUCAAAGGAGAAAAGAUUAUGCAUCUUAUAUGUACAGAAAAUUGCUAGAACAUGCUAAAGACUGGGACUUCGAGGCACAACCUACUCCCACAGAUCUUUACGCCGCUCUUCUCUUGACUUUUGCAACAAAUUGGUUUUUCGAUAGGGAGCUUUCGUGGAAGUUCCAUUGCUCUGCAUACCGCAUAGCCUGUAAUCUAGGCUUCUUUCUGCUAGAUGCGGACGUCAAUGACAACUGCCCAUCCCCCCAUGGCCAGUCACCUCAUAAGGAUCAAAUGCGCUUCUGCGUCUGGAACUUGGUGCACAAUGAUUGUAUUUUCCGUUUUCAUCUAGGCAAGCCGAGUCUUGUCAACCCUAGCACAAUGGUCGUCAGAUUCCCAGAGCUGUCCACGUGGAACCCGAACGAAGGGUUGAACCGAUCGGCCCAAAUUAAUUUCUUGGUGGCCACGCGCCUGGCAUUUGCGAAACUACGAUUCUUCGAUAUGAUGGAUGAUGCACGACAAAAUGGAUCGCAGCCUUGUGACCACUUAAUAGAGGAAUUGAUCACGGAGAGCCAAACAGCUCUUACAGACUGGAAAAUAGAUGAAAGCCUCGGGACAGCAGUAAAGUAUAGCCAGAGCGCCUGGUUCUACGACGAAUUAAUUCAAAACGCUUGCACCACUAUCAUUCUACUUAACCGUGAACGAUCAGUAUCAAACAGUCAAACAGCCAGAAAACAGUCACUUGAGGCGGCAAGGAGAGCAAUUGAAACCAUGAAGCGGGCAAUGACCAUUGAUUCGACUGACUCUCACUGGCCGAUAGGUUAUUUUUCUUUCUACUCGGUCGUCACCAUCCUUACCAUAUUCGCUAAUAUUCUCGAGACAAAUGAGCCUGCUGCCAUCGCUCACGACAUGUCCCUCGCGGUGUGGUUCGGGGCCAUGUUGGUCGAGUGGACAGCCGAACGCGAAGAACUCAGACCUGUUGAGGCAGCCGUCAGCACAUUGAAUGACAUCUGUCGGCAAGUCAAACUGUGCACAUCCAGCAUACAGGUCCAGCCAAACAGUCAGCUCGUCACGGGUGUGACACCAGCUGACGGGAUGAUUCUCUGCCCUAGCUCUGUCCAAACCCUCAAUUGUAUCGGUAUCAAAGUGCAUGAUCUUGUUCAGAGUCCACAUGAGACGAUUUUACUUGUCGAACGACUUUCUUCCCACCCCUUCUAG